AUGAAGUCGGCCAAUCCUGACGAAGCGUCGUCCUCGGCGCGCUCCUCGGCAAGGCCAGUUGACAGUGAAGCAACUGCAGCCGGAGGACCGCUAAAGCAGCCGAAGGACUGCCAAAGCAGCCGGAGAACUGCCGAAGCACCCGGAGGACUGCCGAAGCAGCCGGAGGACUGCCGAAGCAGCCGGAGGACUGCCGAAGCACCCGGAGGACUGCCUAAGCAGCCGGAGGACCGCCGAAGCAGCCGGAGGACCGCCAAAGCAGCUGGAAGACCGCUCAAGCAGCCGGAAGACUGCCAAAGCAGCCGGAAGACUGCCAAAGCAGCCGGAAGACCGCCCAAGCAGCCGGAAGACCGCCCAAGCAGCCGGAGGACUGCCAAAGCAGUUGGAGGACUGCCAAAGCAGCUGAAGGACUGCCAAAGCAGCUGA